UUCGCGAACGACUCAUCACUACUACAUAGUAGUAGCAGGCGCUUUCGCGCAGUUGCCGAAUGUGCUCGUCUGUGUGUUCGUGCAGAAAACUAAAGGAGAGACUGCUGAGUUGAACAAGGUAGUUAUUGCAACAAGAAAGGAAGGGAAUAUUUAGCUAAUCUUUUAAAAUACUAAACUGGACCAGAGGACCUCUCUCCCUUGCAUACAUGUGUUAAAGGGAGGGAGGGGAACCGCACAGAAUUAUGUAUAAAUUACCCUCUACAGUUAACUUGGGAGAGUAUUUUUGCUGAGUUGAAAAUAUUAAGUUUAGGUUCUAGAAAAACAAGAUAAGUCGAGCGCAAUGGAGAGCCAACCACCGGAUCCGCAAAUCUACGAGGACGUUCGAAAGAGCGGCUAUCUCCGCAAGCAGAAAUCCAUGCACCGGCGAUACUUCGUCCUCCGGACGGCCUCGGAGAGGGGCCCGGCCCGGCUCGAAUACUACGAGAGCGAGAAGAAAUUCAGAGGAAAGACACCCGUCCCCAAGAAAGCCCUGGUGCUGGAGACGUGUUUCAACAUCAAUAAGCGGGCUGAUGCGAAGAACAAACACAUGAUAGUGCUGUACACUCGGGCGGAGAGCUUUGCAAUCGCGGCAGAAAACGAGGCGGACCAGGACGACUGGUAUCAGGCCAUGGUGGAGCUGCAAUGCAAAAGUAAGGCGGCUAGUACCGACACCGGUCCGGGAGGGGACUACGGUGUACCCACCCCAGGCCCCGCCUUCAAGGAGGUGUGGCAAGUCAAGGUGUGGCCAAAGGGGCUGGGCCAGGCCAAGAACCUGGUGGGCGUCUACCGUCUGUGCCUGACCGAGAAGACGGUCAACUUCGUCAAGCUUAAUUCAGACGCCGCCGCCGUGGUCCUGCAACUGAUGAAUGUGAGGCGCUGCGGUCACUCCGAGAACUUCUUCUUCGUGGAGGUUGGUCGUUCCGCGGUCACAGGCCCCGGGGAGUUCUGGAUGCAGGUGGAUGACUCUGUGGUGGCCCAGAACAUGCAUGAGACCCUGCUGGAAGCCAUGAAGGCCUUGAGCGAGGAGUUCCGCCAGCGCAGCAAGUCGCAGUCCAACUCUGGACCAGGGGGGGGCGCUACAGCCUCCAACCCCAUCAGCGUCCCCUCGCGACGCCACCACCCCAACCCGCCCCCCAGCCAGGUGGGCUUCACCCGCAGGCCCCGCACUGAGCCACCUGGAGGGGCUGGAACUGGGGGCAACAGUGCCAACGCAUCGCCCACUCCCCGCCACAGCUUCCCCAGGUCACGCACAGCCAGUGACGGGGGUAAAGGUGAAGAAGGUGUGGGUGGAGCGUGUGGAGGGGUAGGGCAGAGUUCCAGUCUUACUACCAACGGGUCCUGCUCCACCACGCCCAUCCUCAGGUCCAAAUCGGCCCGCUCGGCCCCCACCCUGGCCAAGAACAACCCCAUGGGCCUGAUGCGCUCUGUCUCCACCCCAGCCCCCUCCCCGGCCCCCAGCCUCUCCUCCAGCUCCGGCCACGGCUCAGAGUUUGGGGUAGUGGUGGGUGCGACCGGAGGAGGUGGUGGAGGAGCAGGGGCCGGUGCAUACAGCCGCGUCCCCUCCCACAACGCUUCCGUGUCGGGCUCCCCCAGCGACUAUGGCUCCUCGGAUGAGUACGGCUCCAGCCCUGGGGAGCAGUCCUCCCACUCCCUCCUGGCCCCCUUUCCCAACAUGCCUGGAGGUUCAGCCGGGUUGGGCGGCCACGGUCAACCCCUGGACGAUGAGGCUACUAACUACAUCCUAAUGGGCCAGCGGGGUGGAAGUGGCGGUGGAGCCACGUCAUCUGUCUCUCUGCCUGCUGGUGCAUCCAGCUCAGCCCCUUCCCACCAGGCCCAGACAAGGAGGGUCCUGCGUCGCUCCUCCAGCCGGGAAUGUGAGGCUGAGAGGCGGUUGCUGAGCAAGCGGGCGUCCCUGCCCCCCAUGGCCCUGGAGCGCCUGGCCCCACGGCCCCUCAGGGGGGAGGAGGAGCAGGACGAGGACGCGGCCGACUACGCCAUCAUGUCACGCAGCACCAGCAGGGAGUCCUUCACCACCUCCUCCUCUUCACGGAGAGACUCUGAAAUGAGUCCCGGUGGAGAGGGGGGAGGAGGGGGGUACCUGGAUGUGGCUGGAGAGUUGGGUGGAGGUGGAGGCAUAGUGCGGGAUAACGGCUACAUGUCCAUGCUACCGGGAGGAGUGACCCAACCCCCUGUCAACCUCAACAACUUGCUUUCCGCCUCUGUUGCUGACGAGUCCAAGCUGGCGGACGACUACAUGGCCAUGACACCCAACAACAGCGUAUCACCGCCACAACAGAUCCGGCCCCCUCCCGGAGACGGCUACAUGAUGAUGUCACCCAACAGCAGCUGCUCUCCGGACCAGCGUGGGGGCCUGGCAGGCGGGGCCUGGGUGGGCAGCAGCAGCGCGGACAGCCGGGCGGGCAGCGACUACAUGAACAUGUCCCCCAUCAGUGCCCGCUCGGCCAACAGCAGCCCCCCUCCCCCCGAGCACCCCCCUCAGACAGACCCCCAUCCCCUUCAGCAGGCCCCUCAGACAGACCCCCAUCCCCUUCAGCACGCUCCCAAGAUGGUCUACUCCUACUACUCACUGCCCCGCUCCUACAAACACACGCCACCUGGUGGACACUUUGAGGACGGCCGAGGCAGGAGGCCCAAUGGGAGCGGUGGUGGUAGAGGUGUUGGCAGGGCAGUGGGUGGUCGUCAGGACCCGAAUUUGGGUGCGGUCCAAGGUCGCCACCUGUCCCUCUCCUCGUCCUCAUAUUCCUCCAGCUCGGCCAGCAGCGAGAGCCUAGGGGAGAAUGAGGACAGGUCUUCCCAGGGAGCAGGCCCCUCAGGUGGGGGAGCUCACUCUAAAGACAUAGGGCUCCUCCAGCAGAGGCGGGCAGCCCCCAAGCAGGGCCAGCAAGGCGGAGCCAGGACCCGGCCGGUCAGCCUGUUUGUGGACGUUUCCAAAGCAAACACCCUCCCCAGGGUACGUGAGAACCCCCUCCCCCCGGAGCCCAAGAGCCCAGGGGAGUACGUGAGCAUCCAGUUCAAGGGGGAGAUAAGCACCAGAGGAGGGCCAGGAGGUGGAGAAGGGAGGGGACUCAGACAUGGGAUGUCCCUCCCUCGCGGUUCCAGCCAGCGCCCCUCACACCAGCCCACGUCCUGCCUGGGGGGGUUCCUGCCCCUCUCCCGCAGCCCCUCGGCCCCUCUGACACCCCUCACCCCACCAUCAGCCUCUGAGUAUGUCAACAUGGACCUGGGGCCCUCUCCGUCCCCCUCGCCCCUCUCCCUGACACCGCUGGGCUUCCCUUCCUUCCCCACCCCUCCUACGCCCCCUCCCAUAGCCCUGGCACCCAAGGCCCGCGGUGAGCUCAGGGUGUCCCCUCAGCAGCAAGGGGAACCCGAGGGGGCUGAAGCAGGACCCAGGAUAAACAGACAGACUACCCGCGUUGUGGUGACUCAAUCAGAGUCCCCUACCUCCUGCGGGGACUAUACAGAGAUGGCCUUCAGCUUGAACAACAAUACCGUUGCCAGCUCCAUGUCCAAUAACACCUCCUCCAAAGCCCCCUCCCCAGCCAGCCCCGAGCCACCAGUCCCUGUCCUCACCUUGGGCCUGGACUUCCCCCUGGCCAAAACUGGGCCCAACCCGGACCACGGCGCUAAAGUGAUCCGGGCCGAUGCCCAGGGCCGCAGACGCCACUGCUCCGAAACCUUCCUCCCCUCCCCCUCUCUCCCUCCCCAAUCCUCCAACUCUUCCUCUGUCGCCUCCCUCUUCCCGGAGCACGCCCAGGCUGUGGCUCGCCGUCUGGGGUUGGAGGGCGUGCUGUGGGGAAACGGAGCAUCAGCCGAGCAUCUCCCCUCGCAGUUCCUCCAUCCCGGGCCUGGCCUGCCCUCUGCCCAGGCUUCAUCCAUGGAGCAAGGCCUCAACUAUAUAGACUUGGACUUGGCUAACAAACAGAGCCCUCAUUCAGCCCUAGAUGGGUCUUCAACCGUCCAGGCCAACCCCCUUCGCCUCUACUCAUCCAUGCUGACUGGGGGGGCCGGGGCAGCGGCGUCCGGGGCUGGAGUGGGGGGCAGUGUAGGCUCCAACCUCAACACCUAUGCCAGCAUCGACUUCUACAAGUCAGAGGAGUUGCGAACGCAUCAGAACGGAAACAAGGAUGGUACAGAAUGCUGAUGUCUAUGCCCUGGCCUUGGAAUUAUGGGGGGAAAUUACAGGAGACUUGGAGAUCCCUAGCUCCUCAUCCUUUUGUGACAACCAAUGGGAAGAGAGAGGAGUUGGACUGGUCACACCCCUGAAGCACUUUGGAAAGACUGAUGGAAAACCUUUAUUUUGUUGCUUUCAGUUUAUUGGUUGUGAUUCCAAUGGGGAUGCGUGCCGAUGAUAGCCCGUGAAGGGAGGACUCUCAGCCAAUAAGAGAGAAGAAUAAAGACUGACUGCGGACCGGGAGCCAAUGAUAUUUUUCGAUCAUCAACCUAAAUGAAAACACAAUUAACCAAUCAAAAAGCAGGAUUUCAUCUAAUGAUUGCUGAAUAUACAUAGUAUUAUAAGGAAAUAUAUAGAAGUAUAUAUCUUUUAAAAAGUGCCUAAUUUUUUUGAUUGUAGCCAUUUUACAAAGAACUUAGCAUUGACUAAGGAACUGAAGAAGCUUCAGUUUUUGUGCUCCUUUUGAAGUAGAAUAUGUUGUGGCAACCAGAUGUAACGGACAAAGAAGAGAGCACUGGUACUGGUAUAUAUUCUGAAUAAUAAUGAUGAUGAUGAUAAUAAUAAUAGCAAUUAGCUGGCCUGACUGUGUUACUGUGAGAGAUGUUAGCGGCAUAGCUUCUAUUGACUUUAUGCUCACCGCUUCAAUGUAGCUGACAGAUGUUUCUCUCCCUCUCUUUCAAUAUCUCUAUCUCUCUCUGCCCACACCUCUCAUCCAAUAAUGCAGAGUUAUUCUAUAUCACAUAUCAACAUGCUCACAUACUACACAAUAUGCUCUGGUCAAUAUGUAUUUAAUGCACAGAGAGACACUUGGCACUUGUUGCCGGGAAAGACAACUAAAAAAAACAAUUGUAUGGAACUGUAUUUAACUAUACAUAGUUCUUUCAAAUACAUGUAUUAAUUAUAACACAGAAAUAGAUUACUCCACAAUUUCCGUAAUCUUAGCCUAUCUAUACUGAACAAAAUAUAAACGCAACAUGUAAAGUGUUGGACCCAUAUUUCAUGAGCUGAAAUAAAAGAUACCCGAAAUGUUCCAUACACACAAAAAAGCUUAUUCUUUAGCUCCUGAGUGGUGCAGUGGGCUAAGGCACUGCAUCUCACUACAGAUCCUGGUUUGAUUCCAGGCUGUGUCACAACCGGCCGUGAUUGGGAGUCCCGUAGGGCGGCGCACAAUUGGCCCAGCGUUGUCCGGGUUUGGCUGGGGAGGCCGUCAUUGUAAAUAAGAAUUUGUUCUUAACUGACUUGCCUAGUUAAAUAAAGGUGAAAUAAAACAUCUAUAAAUACAUCUCUAAAAUUGUGUGCACAGAUUUGUUUACGUCCCUGUUAGUGAGCAUUUCUCCUUUGCCAAGAUAAUCCAUCCACCUGACAGGUGUGGCAUAUCAAGAAGCUGAUUAAACAGCAUGAUCAUUACAUAGGUGCACAUUGUACUGGGAACAAUAAAAGGCUACUCUAAAAUGUGCAGUUUUGUCACACAAGAAAAUGCCACAGAUGUUUCAAGUUUUGCGCAAUUGGCAUGCUGACUGCAGGAAUGUCCACCAGGGCUGUUGCCAGAGAAAUUAAUGUUGAUUCUUCUACCAUAAGCCGCCUCCAACGCUGUUUUAGAGAAUUUGGUAGUAUGUCGAACCAGCUUCAUAACUGCAGACUACGUGUAACCACACCAGCCCAGGACCUCCACAUCCGGCUUUGUCACCUGCGGGAUCGUCUGAGACCAGCCACCCGGACAGAUGAUGAAACUGAGUUUGCACAACAGAACAAUUUCCUCACAAACGUCUCAGGGAAGCUCAUCUGUGUGCUCGUCGUCCUCACCAGGGCCUUGACCUGACUGCAGUUUGGCGUCGUAAACGACUUCAAUGGGCAACUGUUCACUUUCUAUGGUCACUGACACUCUGGAGAAGUGUGCUCUUCACUGAUGAAUCCCGGUUUCAACUGUACCAGGCAGAUGGCAGACAGUGUGUAUGGCAUCCAGCGGUUUGCUCAUGUCCAUGUUGUGAACAGAGUGCCCCAAUGGUGGUGGUGGGGUUAUGGUAUGGACAGGCAUAAGCUACAGACAACGAACACAUUUGAAUUUUAUCGAUGGCAAUUUGAAUGCACAGAGAUACCGUGAGGAGAUCCUGAGGCCCGUUGUCGUACAAUUCAUCCGCCUCCAUGUCCUCAUGUUUUCAGCAUGAUAAUGAACGGCCUCAGGGAUCUGUAAACAAUUCCUGGAAGCUGAAAAUGUACCAGUUCUUCUUGGCCUGUAUACUCACCACACGUCACCCAUUGAGCAUGUUUGGGAUGCUCUGGAUAAACGUGUAGUCCAGACUACUUUACACAGCCAUUGAAGAGGAGUGGGGCAACAUUCCACCGGCCAAAAUCAACAGCCUGAUCAACUCUAUGCGAAGGAGAUGUGUUGUGUUCCAUGAGGCAAAUGUUGAUCACGCCAGAUACUGACUGGUUUUCCAUUUUUUGUUCAGUGUUGUAAUUAUAGAAUCACCCACGUUUGGUAGGCUAUACUGUUUCAUGCAACACUUUCUGGCCAUGGUUGUUCAUGCAGUGGUUACAAUGUGCCACUGUUCAAACGUUGGUAUAAGGUCUCAAAAGGUCAGCGGCAAUGCAACGGGAGCAAACGAGUUUGGUACAGGGACAGACAUUUUUUACAUGCAAAUCUGAUUGGAUACAGCAUUUGAUUAUUGAAAUAUCAGCCUCAAUUUAACUUCCAAAGUAAUUUUUUUCUUUCUGAGGGCUGAUCGGGGACUGUCCCAGGAAAUCUGGGACAUCUUGUCACGCUAGUCCAUAGGGAUAAAAGAGGUGCUAACAAUAGCCCUUGCUAAUGUUGGCUUACCUAACGUCUGCCUUUGAUAACAUGGCGUGCCUCGCUAGCUGUGGGCAACAUGCUAACUUUUGCCUAGUUAGCAAAGUAUUCGGUUCUGAGGCAUAGAUAGGGCCACCAUCCUCCUUUAUGUUUCUCAGUUGCCGUCUUUCUCUCUCUCUCUUUGGCUCUUACUUUAUACUCUCUCUGCUAUGCAUUAGCACUAAAGUGCCUGCCUGUAUGUAUGUCUAUCUGUCUGCCUGUCUAUAUGUCUGUCCCUUUCUUUCCCUUUAGCGCUAUGAGGGCAAAAUAUAUAUCGUCUAUUUUCCUCUUAUUUCUCUAUUUGUGGCUGUGCAAUAUUGUGUAAACUUAAGGAACCCUGCCCUUAUUGAUGGUUCAAUGAUGUUCAAGGAUGUAGUGACCCAUGUAAUGACUUGACCAAUGGCCCCUGCCUUCGUGUUUGUAUUGUCACUAACCGGCUCAAAGCCCGUAACAAAAGGGAGACAACAUGGAGAUAAGGAAUAACAAAAUAUAUUUAUUAACUAAGGUAACCUAUAUGCAAUUAACAAUGGUGUGUGAGUAGUGUAAGUGAGUGUUUUGCUUGCAUAAAUGUGAUAAUGCGGGGUGUUGAAAGGUGCUAAAGCAAACAACCAAAAGGCCACAAAAAUACCACAACAGAAUCUAUGAAGGUGUCUGCAUGGAGAGAGUCUCCCCAAUGAUUGUGGAAGAGGUCUAUUUAUCCUGGGACACACCCGGGCCCAGGUGUUUCCCAUGUAGCUGACAACCCUCCCAACUCCGCCCACCGGCAUCCUAAUAAGGAGACGAGCACAGAGAGAAUAUGGCAGACAGAGUGGGAGGGUCGUCACAGUAUUGGGUUCAUGCUGGCUGUUUUGGCCCCGUGGAGGGGCCUCAUCUAUGGAUGGCCCUAUCAGUGCCAAAACAAAAAUACCUUUUGACUCUUUGACAAUAUAUUAAAUAGCUAGCUACAAGUUCAGACCUUUUUUUUAUUUUCUUGUAUGUUAAAUGCUAUUAUAACCUUGCCUUGAUUUUGCAACAAAAAAAACUGUCUUGGAUGUUUGAGAGACAUUUUGCCUCCUUAGUUUGCCUCUGGGACACGUAUGAAAGAAAGGGGUGAGAGGAAGCACUUCUGAAAUUACUUCAUGAACAAUACUUACCAUAAGUUGCCAAUAUGAGCCGUCACUGAAAGAGAAAACACCCUUCAAAGAGAACCACAUUUCUCUGUCCAACGUUUCACUACCAGCACGUAUGUAUAUUCCGACGGUCAGUCCAAGGUGUCUGCCUCGUGCACUUCGUCCUCACUCUUGUCACAUGACUGUCGGGACUCGUAGCAUAACAAAGCAGCUUUAUUGCUACCAGAUUAGGAUCUGUGGUCAGGGCAAUUGGCCAUAAUGGUUUCUAUAAUAAUGCAGAGGUGAGAUUAGGAAAGUAGUUGGUUUCCAACCUCACUGUGCCGGGUUUGUUUCUAAUGACGGUUCACUGCAAGGCACAACAAGGCAGUGAUACGAGCACACACUUACACAUUAAAACACAAACAGUAAAUAGUGUCAAUGUUUCCAAAAGUUUUUGGGAAAUGUUUUCUUUUGUUAUAUAAUGACUCCACAAUCUUCCAAACUGAAGCCAGAGAGUUCACUCCGAAAUCAAAGUUAAGUCUGGUGCUUUCUGGCCUCAAAAGUGGACAAUGGUCAUGAACCCAGUCACUGUUGAGGUCUGAAAGCAUCAAUAUAUAUAACAAACUUUAACUUUGGAGUGAACUAUCACUUUAAAGAGCUACUGAACAUACCGAUUGACACCUGUGGUUUUCUGUUGCUCACUAGAAAAACACGGUUUCCUGAUCGAUUCUGCGUUUGGUUAAUGAUGUUUGCCCCCAUGAGACACUAGACGGGAAGCCUGUUUCACUUCCUCAAAAUCAAUUUAACAUAACUCAAGAAAUCUGUAAUUAGUUUUGAUGUUUUGCCGAGGAUGUUUUAGUCAUGCAAUUUUACAUCGAACUAAGGUGUUUGGUGCAGUAUUUCUCAAGUAAAAGAAUGUGUGACGUGCUGGGCAGGUUUGUCUCACUAUGUAUCCUAUUGGAUAGAGAGCAGGUCUGUCUCACUUUCACUGUCUAUGCUAUUGGAUAGAGAGCAAUCACCGCAGCUGUUCACAACCAUGUUAGUGGGCAAAUGGACAUCAUCAAAUCAAAACCCUACCUUCAUUUACCUGGUGUGACGCAUGGACGUUCCAAACUCCGUUUUAGACCAGACUGACUUUAUGACCAAAAUUAUCCUAUUUACACUUUCUAGUCAAUUUUGACACUAGAAUGAAUGUUUCUGACUCAUCUCGAUGCCGUAUGGGCCGUUUCCAAAUUGAUUUGUUUCUUUUUAAAAUGAAAUUAAUGAAUGGUGAUCAUGUAUAAUGAACUUUAUUUGGGAGAAUUCAGGGGUUGGGGGUGUUAAGCUUAGUUGCUGUUCUCCAUGACGAUAGGGUGUUCUAGAUUAUGGGAAAAUACACAUUUUUCCUAUCUACAAUUCUAAAUGGGAAAUUCUGAUGCUCUUUGACUGUGAUGUGACAAUUUCACUUUUGUUGCUUGAGAAGAAAAAACAACAAAAAAAGAUCUAGGAGUUGUCCUUUGAUUAAAGGUAAUGAUCUCAUAAAAAUAAGAGUUGUCUAGAUGUCUGUGCGGAGGGACAGAUUGAGACAAAGAGAAACAAGGCAAAGUGACGGGCACAGACAGUUAUAAAGGCAGGCGGUGGUACCGGCAUACUGUACUGUAGUGACGGACACACAGACACACAAACACACAAUCACACUCAUAAAGGCUUUAACAACCAUAAUCAAAACUGUUUAAUGAUUAGUUACCGUAAACAAAAAGCCUUUCUUAGUCAUCUCUCUCUCCAGUGAUAAGAUCGAUGUGACUAUGUAGUGGCAAGAUGCCAACAGGGUUUAUCACUCAUCUCAUUGGAAUUAUGACCAACUGCUUUGUUUGUGCCUGGGAAAGGAUGUGUGUGUGUGUGUGUGUCACACUCUCUCUCUCUCUCAGGCUCUCUCACUCACAAUUAAAUUAGUUUCAAUGGGCAUUAUUAGCGAGAAAAGUCCGUAUCUUUCAUGUCUCUCCCUCUUUCCACUCAGACUUUCUUUGCCUAAUAAAGUCUAUGUUGUGAGGA